AGAGGACGGAGCUCUCAUCCUGAUCCUGCUCUCAGAAGACGCGGCCAGGACAGCCAAGGUUUUCUUCGCCAGUAUUCAAUUCCAGUUUGAACAUGGUGGACUCCCAGUAUUACCUCCCUAAUGACAUCGGUGUCUCUGCGCUGGACUGCAGAGAGGCGUUCAGCCUGCUGUCACCGCGGGAACAGAUGUACUCCCACUACCUCUCCCGGGCAGCCUGGUAUGGUGGCCUGGCGGUUCUGCUGCAGACCUCCCCAGAGUCUGCAAACAUCUUCGUGCUGCUUCAAAAGAUCUUCCGUAAACAACCAGCUGCUGAACUGGAGCCAGUCGCCAUGGCAGCUGGGCUUACCAGUGAGGAGUACCAGGCCUUCCUGGUAUAUGCAGCCGGUCUUUAUGCAAACAUGGGAAACUACAAAUCUUUCGGAGACACCAAGUUCAUCCCAAACCUACCAAAGGACAAGCUGAAAGCCCUGGUUUUCGCCAGCCAGUCAUUCAAGGAGCAGCCCGGCGAGAUGGAGGCCCUGUGGGACAGCUGCUCCUCCGCCCUCUUCUCCCUGGAGGACAAACAGAAACAGCUGGGGCUGGGCAGCAAGGGCAUCACCACCUACUUCUCAGGGAACUGUGGUCUGGAGGACGCUGAGCUGGCCCAGAAGUUCCUCGACUCCCAGAACCUGUCUGCCUACAACACACGCCUGUUCAAAACGGAGAAGGGGGAGAAGACGAGCUACGAGGUGCGCCUGGCGUCGGCAGUGACGUCAGACUGCGCCGUCGACGGAGAGGGGGAGACGCGCUGCGGCAGCUUCAGCUUUGAAGACAAAGAGUUCACCGUGAAGAGGGGGGACUACGCCCAGAUCAUGGAGAGAGUCUGCCACUACCUCGAAGAGGCCCAGGCCCAUGCUGCCAGUGAGAACCAGAAGAAGAUGCUGGAGGGAUACCGGCGAAGCUUCACCUCCGGCUCCAUCGACGCACACAAGGAAGGCUCGCGCUUCUGGAUCAAAGACAAGGGGCCAACCGUUGAGAGUUACAUAGGUUUCAUAGAGAGCUACAGGGACCCCUAUGGCUCCAGGGGAGAGUUUGAAGGCUUCGUGGCAGUGGUGAACAAGGCCAUGAGCGAGCGCUUCGGCAAGCUGGUGAGCUCGGCCGAGGUGCUGCUGCCCGAGCUGCCGUGGCCCCGGGACUUUGAGAAGGACACCUUCCUCAAGCCGGACUUCACCUCGCUGGACGUGCUCACCUUCGCCGGCAGCGGAGUCCCCGCCGGCAUCAACAUCCCCAACUAUGAUGACAUCAGACAGUCGGAGGGCUUCAAGAACGUGUCGCUAGGCAACGUUCUGGCUGUAGCCUAUGAUAUUCAGAAAGAGAAGCUUACCUUCCUGGAGGAGGACGACAAGGAUGCUUAUAUUAAGUGGAUGUUGCCGUCCUUCGAGAUGCAGGUUGGGCUUCAUGAGCUGCUGGGCCACGGCAGUGGCAAGCUGUUUGUUCAGGACGAUCAGGGCAAAUUCAACUUCGACCAGAACACUUUGAUCAACCCAGUGACCGGAGAGAAGGUGACCAGUUGGUACCGCGGCAACGAGACGUGGGACAGCAGGUUCUCCACCAUCGCCUCGUCCUAUGAGGAGUGCCGUGCCGAGUGCGUUGGGCUCUACCUCUGCCUCAACAAGCUCGCCCUCAGUAUCUUCGGCCACGAGGGCCAGGACGCCGAGGACGUGGUGUACAUCAACUGGCUGUACAUGGUGCGCGCUGGCCUGCUGGGCCUGGAGUUCUACACCCCGGAGAGCAGCAGCUGGAGACAGGCCCACAUGCAGGCCAGCUUCGUGAUCCUGCGGGUGCUGCUGGAGGCCGGCGAGGGCCUGGUGCGCCUGGAGGAGGUGGCGGGCGCCGACGGACGGCCCGACGCCAGGAUCGCCCUGGACCGCACCAAGAUCCACACCGUGGGCAAGAGCGCCAUCCAGAGGUUCCUCUGCAAACUGCAGGUGCUGAAGGCGACGGCGGACGUGGCGGGGGGGCGGGCCCUCUACGACGGCUACUCCGCCGUGACGGACAGCGGGCCGCACAACUUCCUGCGUCUGCGCGACACGGUGCUGCUGAGGAAGGAGGAUCGCAAGAUGUUGGUCCAGGCCAACACCAGGGUCCAAGGCGAGGCCGUGGAGCUGGUGGAGUACGAGGGCAGUGCGGCGGGUCUGAUCCACUCCUUCACCGAGCGCUUCCAGGAGGAUGCAGAGCAGCUGGAGGCAGACCUCCUGGAGCUCAGCAAGAGGGACUCCCCCUGCUGGUGCCAUUAGCGGCCGCGUUACAGACACUUCCUUCUAAAGGGCAUAAUCAGUGGUGUAGUCUACGUGAUACGCAGGUAUACGCUGUAUACCCACUAGGAACGCACCAGGAUUUGCGUGUA